AUGCGGCGGAAGAAAAUCAAACUGCAAAAUCUCGAUGCAGAAAUCCGAGCUUCCGCUGGUGACCGUCCACCCAUAUUUCGCGGGGUGGUUGCCUAUAUCAACGGGUACACCCAGCCUUCGCUGCAAGAUCUCCACCACAUGAUUGUCAGUCAUGGAGGGGGGUUCCUUCAGUUUCUAGAUGGAAAGACCACUGCCACUCAUAUCAUUGCAAGUGUUCUUACGCCCAAGAAACGGGAAGAGUUCCGCCGGUAUCGCAUAGUGAAACCUGCGUGGGUGACGGACAGUAUAAAAGCGGGACGCCUGCUUCCAUGGGAUGGAUAUAGAGUUGUAGACGAAGGCCAGGCGCAAAGGGUGCUCAAAUUUGGCGAUGGUCGCUUUACUAGCCAGAUGAAUAGCCCUCGUUCGGGCUACAAAGACCAAUCAAGGGCCAGUUGGUAUAAUUCGCAGCUCCGAGAGAUGAGUGCUGCUGAAUUGGGCCUUGACUCUUCUCCAAAGCCUGUGACCCCAUCUGCACGGUCAAAUACCCCACAGCUGCAGAUGGUCACUCCUACCAUGCCGAGCCAACAGUCCCAAUCGGAUUACGGCGAUUUUCCUAGCUCCAUUAUCAAGGAAACAGAAGAAGUCCAGAACAUUCAGGUUCAACAUGCCGUCAGCGAGAACACAGAGGAUAUACAAAUUCCCGAGCAAACACCGCACCUUGAUAUAGAUGUGACCCCACCAGGUGCACAGGCUGACUCUGCCAAACCAUCUUCGCUCGAAACUUCAAGCCCCACAAAACCCAACUUGACUUCCGAGGAGUAUAAUGCACAGCUUCUUGCUGAUCCACGGAUGAAAAAGUCCAGUGUGGUCAAUCCGGAUUUCUUGCAGCAAUACUAUAGAGAGUCUCGGCUCCAUCAUCUAUCGACCUGGAAGGCGGAGUUGAAAGCUCAAUUACAGGCCGCAACCAAUGAAAAAUCGCAAUCUCAGAUGUCGAAAAGGAAGCCGGUUUCUGGCUCAAGAAGAUACAUUUUGCAUGUGGAUUUCGAUUCUUUUUUUGCAGCGGUCUCACUUCUCAAGCAUCCAGAGCUCAAAGACAAACCAGUUGCUGUCGCUCAUGGCUCUGGACCAGGCUCUGAAAUUGCUAGUUGCAAUUAUCCUGCUCGUGCGCAGGGCGUCAAAAACGGGACGUGGAUGAAAGGCGCUUUGCAUUUAUGUCCUGAUCUGAAAGUCCUUCCUUAUGACUUUCCUGCCUAUGAAGAUGCAAGCCGCAAGUUCUACAGCUCGAUACUGGCUAUUGAUGGUAUUGUGCAGAGUGUCAGUAUCGAUGAAGCCUUGAUUGAUGUUACCACCUUGUGUUUGGAAGCCGGCGGCUCAGAUGGGAGAUCUAUGUCGGAAGGGUCAAUUGAUCGUGAGCAAGCAAAAGCAGAUGAAAUCGCUAUAGGCUUGCGAGAGUCAAUUAAAGAAAACACCGGAUGUGCGGUCUCUAUUGGCAUUGGCAACAAUAUCCUGCUUGCGAAAGUGUCUCUCAGAAAAGCCAAGCCUGCUGGACAGUUUCAACUGAAACCAGAUUCUGUCCUGGAGUUCAUAGGGGAUCUCACAGUUCGUGAUCUCCCAGGAGUGGGUCACAGCAUGGCAGCCAAGCUUGAAGAAUUGGGCGUGAAAUUCGUCAAAGAUAUCCGAACCCUUCCCAAAGAGAGGCUAAUAUCUGGCUUGGGACCCAAGACUGGAAUCAAAAUGUGGGAAUAUGCUCGUGGAAUCGAUCGAACAGAAGUCGGUGACCAAGUUACGAGAAAGUCUGUGUCGGCCGAGGUUAAUUGGGGCAUUCGAUUUGUUAACCAGGAGCAAGCAGACGACUUUGUGCGGUCUUUGUGUGAAGAACUGAAUCGAAGACUGAUGGAAAAUCUGGUUAAGGGCAAACAACUUACACUCAAAGUCAUGCGACGAUCCCUCGAUGCGCCACUAGAAGCGGUCAAACAUCUUGGUCAUGGCAAAUGUGAUACUUUCAACAAAAGCGUUGCUCUUGGCGUAGCGACCAAUGCACCGGAUGUCGUUUCGAAGGAAGCGAUAUCAAUGUUGAGGAGUUUCAACUUUUCUCCAGGAGACUUGAGAGGCUUGGGCGUCCAAAUGACCAAGCUUGAACCGAUCAAGACCGGCUCUUCAGGUCUUCAAAGCAGCCAACGACAACUAAACUUCACUGUAUCCCCACCUCGCAAGAAGGUCAUCCCAAUUUUUGAUCCCGAUGAAUUGGAGAGUCCGCACAAAGAUGAAUCUGUCCGCAUUCAAGCGGACCCAGUCCUGAGUGACAGUGCCCACAAACCUCUCAAUAUCUCUGGAUCUCAGUUCAUAAUGCCUACUCAGGCAGACCCAAAAGUAGUUGCCGAGUUGCCCACAGACAUUAGGUCAAGACUUGUUGCACAAGCAAGACCGCGACAGAAUGUCCGCUCUGGAUCUCCAUGUCCCCCUCCACGCGAGACUCGACAGCCUGCUCAAGCAGACCUACCUCCUCAGUCUGAGUUAGACCCCGAUGCAUUGGCCGCACUACCCGAAGAUGUCCGCAAGGAGGUACUAGAAUAUUAUAACCACUCGGUUUCUGCUGCUGCACCACCACCACCACCACCACCACAACACGAACCGUCAAUACUCGAAUCACGCCCAUCGAUCCCCGGAUCUCUCAAGCUGCGAAGGCCACCUUCACCUCCCAAAAAGAGACGUGGUCGUCCACCAAAGUCGGUAACGCUUGCGAAUAACGCCAAAUCUAAAUUUUUAAAUCAAUCAGGUUUCGGGUUUGUGCUUCCUCGGCCAAUGGCUGUAUCUGCUGGUGCCGAGGAAGUCUUGUCCAGACAGUCAUCACCAAAUAUCGAAGAGCCGGCUGAAGUCUCAGCUGAGUUUCUCGCUGCCUUACCUGAAGAUAUUAGACAAGAAGUUCUUGAAGAACAAAAACGCUCCCGCAUUCAACAGCGCUCACGAACUACGGCAUCUGCGCAAAGACCUCCAUCUCGACAGGAACAACACCCCCCUGCACCAGCAGUGGCAGAGAAACGUCUCCCUCUCCCCCUCUCCCGCACAGGCCUGUAUUUACAUCGCAGCGUCUCUCGCAACUACCGGAUUUGCGAGACGCUGUGA